AUGACGAUACUGGUUACUGGCGGCAAAGGAAAGACCUCGAGCGAGCUUUCAGCGCUGCUAGAGGCGAGAAAGCUUUCAUAUCUGGUCGCCUCACGAUCGCCUUCAAAGGAUGGCCCAUCACAACAUGUCCGGUUCGACUGGCUAGACCAUAGUACAUAUGAUCUUCCCUUCGAUGCAUCUGCCGACCCAAUCACUGCGGUCUACCUAGUAGCGCCCGAAGUCAUAGAUUCCUUCACACCAAUGAAAGCGUUCAUCGACCAUGCUCGAAGGAAGGGUGUGAAACGGUUUGUGCUUCUUAGCGCAACUGUAAUUCCUAAAGGUGGCCCUGCGUACGGCAAAGUUCACGAAUAUCUGGAGACAAUUGGUGUUGAAUAUGGCGUCGUCCGGCCAAGCUGGUUCAUGGGCAUGUCUAGCUUCUCCUGUCGACAGGUCAGAUUCCGAGAAGGGUUUGUCUGCUCCGCAACGCAAGAUGGAAAGGUUCCUUUCGUAGCAGCCAGUGAUAUAGCUGCAGUUGCUUUUCACUUACUCACCGAUGAAACACCCCAUGACACGGAAUAUUUCAUUCGUGGCCCAGAGCUUCUCUCGUAUGAAGAGGUGGCACAGAUUAUUUCGGAGGCGAUAGGAAAGCCAAUGAAGCAUGAAAGGCUGUCAUUCGAGGAGCUAAAGACAAAGUUCAUCAGUUUUGGGAUGCCUCAAGACUUUGCGACAGUUUUGGCCGGCUUCGAUGAGCAGAUCGCAAAGGGUUCAGAGGCUGAACUUGACGAUGCAGUGUUGAAGGUAACAGGUCGUCCACCGAAAAGCUUUCGUGAAUUUGCACUGGAAAAUCGCGAUAACUGGAUUUGA